CCAUGUGAGAAGUGAAUCUGAGAAGAGAAGGGCAGACACUUAGAGAGUGAAGAGUUUCCCACAGAGCAUGGCCUCUGCCAAAGAAGAUGGCAUGAAUGAAAGAAUGGUGGACAUUAAAGAAGAGGACUGUGAGCGGCUCUCACCAGAGGAUGUGUGUGUGAAGCUGGAGGAUCACGAAGAAAGAAUUUCAGUUUUUAAAGCGGAGGAGGAGUGCAAGGGGGUGACUGCUGCCAUUAAAGCUGAGGAUUUAAAUGAUUUCUCGGCUGGUCUUGAACUUCAUAAGCAUGAAGUUGAGGAUAUUUUCAAGCAAGAUGCCUGUGAAGAAUCUCCAUCCAGUUUACAGCCCUGGCCCACUAAUACGGGACGACUGGCUAUGCUGGAGAAUUCUGCAGAGCUGAAAUCAGAGUUAUCAGAGUCUGAAGAGAAAAUCACUGAGGGAAAUGGGAGCGAAGGAGAAGAGUCACCUGGGAGUGUUGGAAUAAAUUUACAGAAGAAUGGCAGCUUCUCUUUAACUUCAUGUGGUCAGUCCUCUCUUCAAUACAAAGAGAAAGGUAUGAAGAUAUCAGCAAGACGAUCAGAGAACAUGACAGCAGCCUUUUUGCAGUGCAGUCCUCUCAUUGCUACUGGAGCAACACAGACAGAAGCCAUCAAAACUGAUCGACAAAAUCCCGAGGCUUUCCCUAAACUGCAGAAGACGCUGUCGAUUGCACUGAUUCUGUUUUAA